CCUGGACAAGUAUCCGAAUUUCGUGAUUGAUCCAUUCUUAUCGUCAUUAUGAGUUCUUAACGAAAAAAAAGAAAGAGAGGAGAGAGAGAGAGACGCCCAAGGUCGUCAUUAUUGAUAACAACUCAUCUCUGAAAACCCAUUUUGUUUACCUUGGGUAAAUGGUUUUCAUGUACCAAAACUUUGCAUUACUCGAAUAUUAUGAUUAGAGGAUUAGAGGCUUAGAUGAUUAUUAUUAUCAUUAUUAUCACUAUUCAAAAAAAACCAAAACUGUUUGCUUCGUGAUGGUACAAAAUGACAAACACAAAAAGGGGGGUAUUUUGUCGUGAAAAUCCUCAAAGAAAAAACACCCCUUCCAGACGAUCAAAGGAGAUUAAAGAAAUCGACUCGAAAACAACAGACUGAAAAACCACCAUGACUCCUUUUCUUUUGCUGCAAUAUUCUUCAUAAUUUCAUCAACGACGUCUCCACCCUCUCCCUCUCUCCCCUCUGCUUCUCUCUGCUUCGUUCUCUCCUCUCUUUCUAGUCUCGCCGAUGUUCACCGCCCUUUGUUGGCCCGAGUCUCUCUACACCUGACUGCUCGAGGCUUGGCUGUGUUUCCUGUGGGGCAUGUGUGACUCGGCCUCGACCCGGGGCGUGAAGAAGGCCAACAUGGCACUGCAGAGCCAGAAGAAGGCCCCGAUGAAACAAAAGGCCUCGGUGGCCCUCCAGCAGGCACGGUACGAGGACCCCACGCCUUGGGACCACCCGUGCCAGUUCUUGUCGCAGUCGAACUCGAUCAGCGCGCCAAAGGCCGAGAAGAAGGCCAGCGAGAAGAACAGGUUCACCAUGGCCAGGCACCGGGGGACGACGUUGUAGAUCCAGGCGAAGACGUUGGACAUGGGUAUCGCCAGCCCCGCGAUGAUCUCGGUGUAGACCAGACGAGCCUGCGGGUAGACCGGCGUGUCGUUGUAGUUGGCAAGGUACCACGAGUUGAUACCCAAAACGACCUAUCAAGGAAGGUACAAAGUCAUUGCGUCAGUCUUUUGCAGCCGUUUUGUGGUGGAAUGUUCCACCAUCUUUUUUCCCUCGAGACUUGUCUUAGCCGGCCCUUGGGGGUUCUUGCGUCGACGCGAACAGUAGGCCGCAAGGCUCAUCCGGGGGUGUAAAGAAGGGCCAAAUGGAAACAGUCUCGACCAAAAAAAAACAAAUGCCCCUGUCCACGGGGGACAGGGAAGGAAGUUUUUGGGACGUUGUGGAAAUACUUACAGCGGCGCAGAUCGAUUCCCACAUAUAAAAGCCCCUCGACAGGAGCCUGAGAACACUAGGUUCCAUCUUGCGUGGGUCGUACAUGGACAUUGGGGUGGUUGUGUAGUUGAGUGAGAUGGAUGAUGAUGAUGAUUAUGAUAGGCUUGUUUUUUCGCCCCGGAGAGUGCGAGCUUCAGUGAUGAUACACUUACAUGAACAACCAAAAACAUCCUUCCUUGGACACGGAGACAUUCGCAAUAGAUAUAAUCCAUCUUUACGAGGCUGUGGUCUGGUGACUCGUCCGGACUUCUCGAGGCUCUGUGUCGAAAACGCACCUUUGCGUAGUCUCUCUCUCUCUCUCUCUAAACACGAGCACAGGCAUCAUGAGCACAUCACCCCAUGGGCAGGGGGAGAAAAGCUCGUUAUUCCAUUCUGAUCAUCUGGAGUCAAAAGUCUUCUUCCAAGACGACCAGAAGGACGUCGAAGGCUGUCGACCGGGCGCGGGCACGCCAGAGCGGUCACAAUUGCGAGAGAAGCCAAGACUGCUUGCAGAUCACAAUGAAAACCCGACCCGCGAUUAGGUCGAACAUGUCAAGACAAGCCAGGGCCUAGUGAUUAGGUCAGCUGAACCCCAGCGAAGAGGCCGAGAUUUUGCAAAAACGAACCAGAAUCAUCCGAUUCUGUGCUGACUCACGUGGGAACGAAGAAUGAUACCCAAGGGCUGAAUUGGUCUAAGGAAAUCCGUAUUCUCGGCCACAAGCCCCUGGCAAACGAAGAGUCGAUCAAUUCUUUUCGAAUCCUCGCAAAAUGCGAUUGGUUCUUUACCCAAGAUGAAUCUAUCGCCAUCAUGCAGCACUCAGGUGACAAAAUGAUUCUAGACUAUUGAGCCGCGCACCCCCCUUUCGAGCCAGCGUCAAGGCGGGGUGUGGAUACAAAAAGUGGUGUAUCGAUAACAACAUCCUCUCAUGACGAUCCUCGCCCCUCGCCUUCUGGCCCCGACUCACAAUUGUCAUUAGGCAUGUGAGUGGCCGACAGGCCCAAGUAUCGGGUUGGGUGGGGACAGGGACGGUUCGGCGCUCGAAGUACGUGAUUACCAGUUGCUUCAAAAAAGGGUACAUAACAAUGCUGAGGAAUAAGCCCUGAAGGUCUUGUUUCUCCAUUUAUCGCUGGCUGCACGACGGUACAAACUGUGGCAAGAAGCAAUAAAAACAAUCUUCCCCCAAAAUGUUUCCACAAGAUAAUAGCGAAAGAAGGCUCGCCUUCGACGAAGCGAGUCGCACUAGACCACAAGGAAAAGCAUCGGGUCGUAGGUAUGCAGGGCAAAUGAGGCACAGGGUAUCCCGAGCCUGCGACUUUUGCAGAAUAAAAAAGGCCAAGUGCGACGGCGGUGAGCCUUGCGGCAAAUGUUCAAGGAGCCAGACGUCGUGUACAUACAGGUACGUUCGGAAAAGCUCAGGGUCUCAGACCGCAGCAGGGUAUGCCGAGCAGUUAGCGCGCCAACAAUCGAUCCUUGUCGCAUGCGUGCACGAAUUGUAUCGGCAAUUGAAGACAGGCCAGGAGCAUGGCAUUUCAAAUGUCACACGCUCUCCAUCCAGUGACAUCUCUGUAAAUGACAUCGUGGUUUCUCUCGGUUUGGACCCGGUCGACAUUGCUGAGGCGGACGACUCGCGCCACACGAGGGAAUCCAGGUCUACCACGGGUUCUUGUGCAGCAUCCGUUAAGCAACACGGAGGCAAUCAAAAAUGCCGAGACUGGCCUGGCGCUGAUCGAGGUCCUUCUGACGACUUUCUAGUGACCAUGACACCUGGUAACUUUGAGACGAGUCCUCCCUUAUCGACCACUGGUGAUCGUUGUUCCACAAAUGGCAGCGAUUUGGAUGGUUCUGAUCAAAGCGGUAGCUCAAGUCCGGCAUCGGCGACAGAGUGGAACUCCUUGUUUGACUUGGAUGCCGCAGGGUAUUAUGAUCCAAUUGACUUCGACUCCAACUCCUUGUUUGCGGACAUUGGACAGUCCAACUUGCCCUACCCAUGGCUGCAACAAGAGUUUUAUUGAGAUCGUUGUGGCGUUGGACGCUGUUUCUGUACUGUGAUCUUUGGGCGUUCGGAUUUGGAAUGGAUCAAUUGAGAGGUGCACCGGACAAGUUAUUUAGAUGCAAGUGGGUGGGGAUAUUGUCGUUAAGCUUACAUAACGACCUGAGGCGUUGAGGAGCAGGCUCUUGCUUCCCAUAUCGAAACAUUUUUGUCCCAUGAAGCCUGCUGUGUUUCAUUCGACUUGUAUAUGAAGCUUGUUGCAUUUCAUUGGAUGUGUAUAUCUUUGUUUCGCGUCUUAAACAUAGGACUGAAGCGAUUACGUCCCGUCAUCUUUAGACCAUCUCUCUUGGAAGCAGUACGUUAAGCUGAUACAUGGUAGAUUCUUC